AUGGCCGAUGAAAAAAUUAGCCAGGCCAUCAGCGAAGAGAACCAUGAGCCCUCAGCCACAAUUCCAGUUGUCAUCGUGGACUUCGAUCCCCAUGAGCAUCCGCAUCAAUGGCCCAGCUAUCGGAAAUAUACCAUCCUCCUGACGGUGACUCUGCCCAUCUUCCUCAUGCCCCUAACAUCAACUAUCAUUGCACCAGCUCUUGAUGCCAUCGAGGCCGAAUUCCAUGUUAUUUCAGAUGUCAAGGGCUCUCUGACAGUAUCCCUGUUCCUGCUCACUUACUGUCUGGGCCCAUUGGUGCUAGCACCUCUUAGCGAACUGCUCGGCCGCGUUCCCAUCCAGCAGUCAGGAAAUGUCUUCUUCCUCGCUUUCAAUCUGGCCGCGGGUUUCUCAAAAAGCAUAACCCAGCUCUUAGUAUUCCGCCUGUUGAGCGGACUAGGCGCCAGUGCUUCAUUAGCUACCGGCGUCAGCACCACCGGUGAUAUCUUCCCCAAAGAACAGCGCGGGCUAAGUCUCGCUCUUCUUAACAUGGGUCCCGUCCUUGGCUCCUGCCUCGGCCCCAUAGCAGACUACUCAACCUGGCGAUGGGCCUUCCACGCGACCUCAAUAUUCGCCGGUGUCAUAAUCCUAACCUCACUAUGUCUACCUCACACUCCCCACCCAAUUCGAGCAAGCCACAAACACCACCACACCUUCCACCUCCAAAUCCAAACCCUAACAACCCUCUACCACCGCACCCUCGUCCGCUCCCUCCGCCUCCUCCUCACCCAACCCAUUGUCCAAGCCCUCCCCCUCUACUACGGCUACAUCUACGACCUCGUCUACCUCAUCCUCUCGACCUUACCCACCCUAUGGAAAACCCAAUACCACCUGCCCGCCAGCACCGGCUCCCUGCACUACCUCGCCCCGUGCAUCGGCUACCUCCUAGGCGCACAAACCUGCGCCCUAGUCUCAGACAAGAUCUACCUGCGUCUCAAAACCUCCAACCACGGCACCGGCAAGCCCGAAUUCCGCCUCCCACUCAUGAUCCCCGCGAGUCUGCUCGUCCCCAUCGGCUUCUUCAUCUACGGCUGGUCCGCACAGUACAGAACCCACUGGAUCGUUCCAGAUAUCGGUAUUGCUCUGCCGCUCAUGAGCGCUACGGUCAUUUUCCAGUGUACGAGCGCGUACCUCCUCGAAGCGUAUAGUGUGUAUGGGGCGAGUGCGAACGGUGGAGUUUAUAUCCUGCGGGGAUUGACGGGGUUUGGGUUCCCGCUGUUUAGCCCCGUUAUGUAUCGCGUGCUGGGAUAUGGAUUGGGGAAUAGCCUUUUGGGAUUUGUAGCGGUGGUUAUUGGGUGUCCUAUUCCGUGGGUGUUGUGGUGGUUUGGGGGGAGGUUGAGGAGGAAAAGUAGUUUUGCGGAUGAGGUGUGA